GAAAAAUGAACGAUUUUCUCAAUUUCACACAACAAAAACGCGAGGAGCCGCAGCAGCUGGUCCUAAUCAAAUAUCCAGGAAUUGUCAAAAAUGUUGAUAAGGCACUUCAAACGAUGGGCGGUCUCCAACUAAUCAGUCAAUCUCACUUCAAUAAUCAUUCACUGGAAUUAAGUCACACUCCAGAUAAUCCCUAUACAUCUCGUAUUAUGGCGGAACGGAAACCUCAGGAUAAUGUAUCAUCUGGUACACUCCAUUUAGUCAUGAAGGUCAGAAGAAAGAAGAUAGAUCCCACGAAAAUCAAGACUAGUUUUCUGGGAUUGGUGAACACAGUGUACACCUUCGAUGUGAUGUGUGAUUUCCAGUACUUGCCACUCAAAAAACGCGUUGGAUGUGAUACUUUCGAAGAUUUGAUCCCAAAAUUGAUUCCAACUGAUAUUGCAAGUGCACUCAGUUGGUGGGAUGCUUCUGAAUCAGUGGCUACUCCAUUAUUCCUUCCUCCAUAUCAAUUUAGUCGUUAUUUGACACCUUCAACAAAGAUUUUGGGACGAGAAACUGAUCAUACAGAGAAAACGAAAAAUGCACAGAAAAAGGGAUAUGGACAGAAUCUUCGAGUGGAACGAAAAGCUCUAUCAGUAACCGUAAAUGCUAAAGAAGAAUUUCCAUUGGAACCAUCACAAGAAGCUGUAGAUGAAGCAAUGUUCCGUUGCAAACACGAUGAACCACAUAGGCUUCUUCGAGAAUUAUUUGAUGAACGACCAAUGUGGACACGUAUGGGAUUGCUUUAUCGAACGAGAAUAGAUGAUUCACUGUUGAGAAGUAUUCUUCAAAAAUAUGCAUUUUAUAUUCUAAGUGGACCGUGGGGUCGAUUGUGGUGCAAAUUUGGAUAUGAUCCGAGAACUGAUAGAAAUGGAGGAUUAUAUCAAACAAUAAUGGUCUCAUUCCGACAACAUGGAAGUAUUCCAGAAAGACAACGAUUGAAAGUUUCAUCUGAUAGAGCACAGACUAUUAAUCAUACAGCUGAUGUUAGUGAACCAGUCACCUACAUGUACGAACCAGGAAAACUGCCACGUAUCCGUCAAAUGUGGUACUGUGUAAUGGACGUACGUCUACCACAAGCAAUGAAUGAGCUAGUGGCUGUUGUAGAGAACAAUACACCACCGACACCAGAGGAAGUACGAGACAAGGGAUGGCUACCGAAUACACUAUUGGAAAAGAUUCGAGAUUUGAUCAAAGAAGACGUGGCAAGAACGUCUGCAGAACUGGAAGGAUUGAUGAAUGACACUGCACCCGGCGAAGAAGAGUUCUAGAUAAUUCAUGGUUUUUCUGUUUUGUACAAUUUUGUUGAAUUUUCCUAUUUUUUUCCGACUGACUUCCGAUUUUUUAAUAAACUUUUCAUCGUUUAAA